AUGGCUCCACCUUCCUCUCCUCCCGUGCCGGCCAGCUCGCGGCGGAGCAACCGGUCGCGCUCGCCCUCGCACCCGCCCACGACACCACCACCGGAGAUCGACGACCCCCAGCUGGAGCAGGACCUGGACGCUGCUCGGCAGAUGAGUCGGGCGAGGGCCAACUCGACGUCGCAUCGGCCCUACUACGCCACUCCGGCGUCGCCCGGCCAUGGCCAUGGUGGACAUUCGGCCUCCGCUGCUGCUGCCGCUGCCGCUGCCGCGCGCUUCUACAUGGGCCACAAUCGCAACGGCUCAAACACGUCCCUCGACAGUGCCUCGCACUUCAUCGACCACCGCAGCCAGCAGAUGAUGCCGCCCAACCUCAGCCCUGGCUCCCUCCACGGAGGCGCCAUGAGGAGCUCUCUCGGCGGCGGCGGCCCGCGGAGGUCCCAGCAUCGCCUCGAUGCCGUUCGGACCGGCCAGCUCAUCGAUGUCGACAACGACGACGACGACGACGACGCUGAUGCCGCCAACCAGACGAAUCUGCGCAGCUAUCCGACGGUCAGUUCGACGGGCGAGCCUGGCCAAGGCGUUCACUCGUCUUCCUUCACCAUGGAGCAGCCCCAGGGAAGGAGGCUGGGCGCCCACGACUCUUCAGAGACGCCUCGGACCUUGUCGAGGCGACCGUCGAUGGCCCAGGACGACGUCUGCUUCCCGAUGUUAACGCCUGGAGGAGAAGAGGUGCCCGGCGCGCCCCAGUCGCCCUACCAUGAUGGAGGCGCACACGCCCAUCUCCACCAUCAUCACCACCAUGAGCACGUCGAUCCCCGCCAGGCCGACAUGAUGCCGGGUUUUCCCUUCACUUUCGAUCUGGUCACGCUGCAAGAGUACGCCGAAGAGGAGCGAAAACGAAGGGGUGCAGCCACCGACAUUCGAUCGAAUCGAGAUGCCAGACGCAGGUCGCAAGCCAAUGCCGAUUCUCGAAGUGGUGCAUCUGCUGCUGCUCCUGGAGAAGGAGGCGGUGCUGCCUAUGGCAUCUCACCAGACUCGGACGAUGCCACCUUCUACUCUCGUCGACCACGCAAGUUUAUCAACAUGCCUGGCUCAGGCAAUGACGAAGGCGCAGCCAACCCCAGGAGUAAGUACCAGCGCAAGCUGGCCUUGUUCGAAGGAGCCGGCCAGGGGCCACCGCCUGUCGGCGCGCGCGCAAGCACAAUUGCUGGCGCAGGCGGCGGCGGCACCAGCGGCGGUGGCAUCUUUGGCGGAGGCGACCUGAUGGGCCAAGAGCGCGACAAGCAUCGCUCCAAGGCCACUUCCAAUGGCUUUCCCGUUGACACCAAGACGCCGCUCCUCGAUGGGCAGAAUGGCAAAUCGCACGACGGCAACACCCUGCCGUCCUACCAUGGCACCUGGAACGGUGGUCCGGCGCCAGACGACGAGGAUCUCUCCCGUCGCUUGGGCCGCAGCCUGUCGGUGGGCGCUGGCCUCUCGAGCCUCUCCAAGCCUUCCGGUCGGCGCUACGGCAACCGCAAGCUCGGUCGUCAGGAAAGCUCUUUUGGGCCCACAUCGGGCCUCGGAGAAAAGGCGUACCGGUUCACCUUCUACAGCAACGCGCUCCCGAACACGAUCCACGCCAGGCACCUCUACGAGCUUCCUGCGCCCGGCCAGUCGUUUGAGGAGCUACUCUUGGGAGAGUCAGAAGCGACCGACGUCGAGGGUGGCGAUACGUCACGAUCACAAGCGCAGCAGCAGCAGCAGCAGCCCCGGCCGGCUGCCAGUGGGCUGUCUCAAGCGCUCAAUGGCCGCCUCGAGGGCAGCACGGCACCGGCGACGGGGGCCAACACGCCAGAACUCGCUUCAGCCCAGGCAGCGCAGGCGACGAGGGAAGCGGGCAUCGCUGCAGCCAUGGAACGAGCGCGCGCAGGCCCAGGCGGCGGCAUCCGGAUGGAUCAGGAUCCCGAGAGCAACACCUGGUGGCUCGACGUCCUCUGCCCCAGCGAUGCAGAGAUGAAGAUGCUCAGCCGCGCAUUUGGCAUCCACCCCUUGACGACUGAGGACAUUCUCAUGGAGGAGACGCGAGAAAAGAUUGAGCUCUUCCGAAAUUACUACCUCGUCUGCUUCCGGUCCUUUGACCAGGACCCGUACAGCCCCACGUACCUCGAGCCGCUCAACAUGUACAUCAUCGUGUUCCGUGAAGGCACCCUCUCGUUCCACUUCAGGGCCACGCCUCACCCGCAGAACGUGCGCCGGCGCAUCAAGCAGCUCAAGGACUACAUCAACGUCACCUCCGACUGGAUCUCCUACGCCCUCAUCGACGACAUCACCGACGCAUUCGGGCCCCUGAUCCAGUCGAUCGAGUACGAAGUCGACUCCAUCGACGAGUUGGUCCUGAUUCUCAAAGAGGCCGAGCAGUCGGACAUGCUUCGGCGCAUCGGAACGUGCCGAAAGAAGGUCAUGGGUCUGCUCCGCCUCAUGGGCAACAAGGCCGAUGUCGUCAAGGGUCUCGCCAAGCGGUGCAACGAAAACUGGAGCGUGGCACCAAAGAGCGACAUUGGCCUUUACCUCUCGGACAUUCAAGACCAUCUCAUCACCAUGACGCAAAACUUGAACCACUAUGAAAAGAUUCUGUCGCGAUCCCACUCCAAUUACCUCGCACAAAUCUCAAUCGAGAUGACCGACGCCAACAACCAGAUCAACGACGUCCUGAGCAGGCUGACGGCCCUCGGUACCGUCAUUGUCCCCCUCAACGUCAUUACAGGUCUGUGGGGUAUGAACGUCCACGUGCCAGGCCAAGAUGUCGAGAACCUACGGUGGUUCUUUGGCAUCGUCGCCUUUAUGAUCGCCCUCGCCGUCAUGGGCUACUUUGCCACGAUUCGAUACCUCAGCCGCUGA